GUCCACUGCCAAGUGUUCCAGCGCAUCUGCGACGCCAGAGAUCAAGUCGGCUCGACGGUGAUGGCCAGCACAAAGCAAGAGACCGCAACGAUGGCCGACGACAUGGACGAGAGUAGCGUGCAUUGGAAGCUCAAGGCGCGGACCUUUGCGAUCACGUUCUUCAGCUACGCCAUGUUCCACGUCGCACGCAAGUCCUUCUCGUCCAUCAAGGGCGAGCUUAGCCGCGAAGAAUGGAUGGUGUCGUCCUUGACAAGUAGCCAAAGCAACAUGUACGGCAUCAUGGACAUGGUCUUCAUGGGCUGCUAUGCGUCCGGCCUAUACGUCAGCGGCAUGAUGGGUGACCGCGUCGACCUACGCCUCUUCAUCACGCUUGGCAUGGUGUGCACCGGCGCUGCGCUCGUCGUCUUUGGCCUCGCGGGCUUUGCGAACGUGCACGCCUUUGCGUUUUUCGUUGUGCUCUGGGGCAUCAACGGCCUCGUGCAGUCGUGCGGCUGGCCGUCCAACGUGGCCGUCAUGUCCAAAUGGUUUGGUCACAACGAACGAGGCGUUGCGAUGGGCUUGUGGAGCGGGUGUGCGUCGUUUGGCAACAUUUUCGGCGGCGCGCUCGUCGGACUUCUCUGCUCGUACUUGGACGCGUCGAUUGCGUGGAAGGUCGUCUUGCUUGUCGCGGGCGGCUUGCUCUGGCUCCUCGCCCUUGUUGUGUACUGUUUCUUAAUUCCCGACCCGGCCGACGUCCCGUCGCUCGUGGCCACCAACGAGACGCCCGAUACACCGGUGACCAAACCGAAUAUUCUCGAGCCGACGAUCGCCAAGCCGGCGCAUGUGCCUGGGAUCUCGUUCUGGCGUGCCUGGCUCAUCCCUGGCGUAUUGCCGUACGCCUUGGCGUAUGCAUGCAUCAAAUCGGUGAGCUACUCGCUCUUCUUUUGGGUCCCCUACUACCUCACGGUCGCCUUCUCGAUGGACACGUCCCGCGCCAAUUUCUACUCGAUUUUGUACGACUGCGGAGCGAUUCUCGGUGCUGUCUCGGGCGGCUACGCGACCGAUCGCAUGCAAGUGCGGUCGCCGUACGUCGUCGUCUCGCUCGUGCUCUCGGCCAUUGUGCUGCACUUUCUAUUUGGCGCGACCGAGCACCAAACCGCCGUCAUUCUGUUUGCGCUCGGGCUUCUCACGGGCGGCCCCGAGACGCUCAUCACGACUGCGAUUUCCGCCGACCUCGGCACGCACCCGUCCCUCCACGGCAACCAAGCGGCGCUUGCGACGGUCGCUGGCAUCAUUGACGGCACUGGCAGCUUUGGCGCGGCGCUAAUGCAAUUUGUCGUCGGCGCCGUCGCGCACUGCGAACAAACGUGCACGCUCCAAAAUGUGUGCACGACGACGUGCGGCUGGGCCAACGUCUUUUCCGUACUGCAGGUCAUGCUUGUCGUCGGCGUCCUCUGCCUCCUCAAGAUGCUCUACCAAGACACGCAGUCGCUUCUCCUCACGCGCGACUCGGCCGGCCGGCACGCCAAGAUCCCGGUCACGGGCGGCGACCACUCGGACUUUGCCGCUGACGCGCGGGCCGACACGCCAUCGCACAACCCGAAUGACAUGGUCUCGGUCUGACACAAAAUGGCGGCGUCAACACGAGCUAGACUGUCGAUGAUGACAACAUGGUAUUCCAGUCUUCUUUGCUUGUUGUCAAUGCUUAAAUGCGCUUGAUCUCGGU